CGGGCAUCACAGAGGAGCUCCCGGUGUCUCCAUGGUAACCCAGCCAGCUACAGGAAGUCCCCGGCGGUCUUCGACCAGUCGCAGCCAGGCAUCAGUGGGGAGACGAGCCAAUGAGACGCUGAGGGAGCCGGGACGUUUGAGGACGGACAUGAAGACGCUGCUGACGCCAGAAGAGUCCCUGAAAAUCACCAGACCUCCUGAACCAAAACCACACCAGGACCAGCAAAACCAGUCCCAACAAAACCAGUCCCAGCAGUCCAAAUCCCAAGAAUCUCACUCCCAACAUUCCCAGUCCUCUCCAAACCAUUUCCAGUCCGUACAAUCCUCAGACCAUCAGCAUCAUUUCCAGUCCAAACAACCCAAAUCCCAGCAGUCCCAGUCUUCUCCAAACCGUUCACAGUCCCUGUCCCAUUCCCAGUACCAACAAACUGAGCCACAACAAAACCAGUCCCAACAAAGCCCAACCCAUCAAACCCAGUUCACCCAGCAGCCCCAGUGCAUGGUCCAGAGGCGGCCUGUGGUUGGGUCUGUGUUAGAGGAGGCGGGUCUGGUUCUCCGUCAAGUUCAGAGACAGAAGAAAGUUCUGGAAGAGAACCUGGAGGCUCAGCUGAGAGCGAGAACCGCAGAGAACCUCCACCGCCAGCUGGAAGCUCUGACCGCUAACAG